AUGUCGAAGGAGGUAUGGGAGUUGGUCCUUCCCCAGUCAAGCCUCCAGGAAAAACGUAAGGCUGAGGAAGCCCUCAGUGACCUCAGACGUCAGUAUGAAACAGAAGUAGAUCUACAGGUGACAAUAAAGAAACUUAAAAAGCUAGAAGAACAAUCAAAACACCUAAGUCAAAAAGAAGAUGUGGCUGCCUUACAAAAGCAAAUUUAUGAUUUAUCAAUGGAAAAUCAGAAAGUUAAGAAAGAUCUUUCAGAAGCACAGACAAACAUAGCCUUCCUCCAGAGUGAAUUAGAUGCUUUGAAAAGUGAUUAUGCCGAUCAGACUCUGAAUUCAGAAAGGGAUCUGGAAAUAAUCUGAGAGAACACAGAAGAUCAAAUAGUCUUGAGAGGCAAAUUGAAAUUACUCCAAACAGCUAACUGGAAGUUACAUGACAGUAAUGACGGCCUUAGGAGCUCCCGUGAAAACAGUUAUAGCAAGUUCAACAGAUCUUGGCGCAUAAGUAAUAUAUCACCAGGGAAUAAAAUUUCUAGGAGCAGUCCCAAAUUUAAUGGUCAUUCUCCUCAUCCUCUGGGCUAUGACAGGUCACCCUGCUCCUCCUACGUGGAUGAGGACUGUGACUCGUUGGCCCUCUGUGACCCUAUGCAGAGGAUGAAUUGUGAGGUGGACAGCCUUCCCGAGAGCUGCUUUGACAGCGGCUUGUCUACCCUGAGAGACUCCAACGAAUAUGACUCGGAGGUGGAAUACAGGCACCAGAGGGCACCUCAGAGGUCACAUGGCACACAGGAGAGCUUUGGGGGUGAUGCUUUAGAUGUAGACAUUCCUGAUAUAAGGGAUGAAGAGACGUUUGGUGCUGAAGGUGUGGCUGCCAUCUUAGACUGGAAACCCCAGGGGUCCACUAGUAAGGGCAGCAUCGUCAGUUCUUCAAGAAAGCCCAUCUCAGCUCUGUCACCACAGACAGACAUGGUGGAUGGUGACCAUAAAUCUUCCAGCUCACAGAAGGCUUACCAGAUUGUGCUUGCUGGGGAUGCUGUAAUGGGGAAGUCUAGUUUCCUUACGAGGCUCUGCAAGGAUGAAUUUCGAGGAAAUACAAGUGCCACCCAGGGAGUCGAUUUUCAGAUGAAAGCUCUCUUUGUGGACGGAGAGUGCAUAGUCCUGCAGCUCUGGGAUACGGCUGGUCAGGAGAGGUUCAGAAGUAUCGCCAAGACUUACUUCAGAAGAGCAGAUGGCGUUCUGCUGUUGUAUGAUGUUACGUGCGAGAAAAGCUUUCUCAAUGUUCGAGAAUGGGUGGACACGAUCGAGGAUGCAGCCUGGGAGCGUGCUCCGAUCAUGUUGGUAGGAAACAAGGCUGACCUCCGUGAUGCUGCUGCAGCAGAGGAACAGAAGUGCGUCUCAGGAUACUUGGGAGAAAAACUGGCCAUGACCUAUGGGGCAUUAUUCUGUGAAACCAGCGCCAAAGACGGCUCGAAUAUAGUGGAAGCUGUUCUCCAUCUUGCUCGGGAAGUGAAAAAAAGGACCGAUGAAGAUGACAGUAAAUCCAUCACCAAUCUGACCGGGACCAGUUCCAGAAAGUCAAUGCACAUGAAGAACUGUUGCAGUAGUUAAAUCCCAAACAUCCUUGGCCUGUCAGGUCUUCAGGCCCAGAGUCCUGGGUGUCUGUGACUUGUUUGCUUCUCACAGAGGCGUGGGUCCUCCAGACAUGGCCAGGUGGAAGCUGACAGUGUGGGCCUUGAAACUGUGCUCUUAGAUCCUUCUGGAGCCCUGGCUCUUUGUUAUGUUUCAGUGAAUGAUUGGGGCCCCAUAGUUGAAGGUACUUGUCUUGUCCUUACAGAGUCUCAAAAGAUAACAUGUAAAAAAAAAUGGUAAAAAAAAAAUCAUAUGCUCAGAUCAAAGCUGUAGAAGAAACUUCCUGAUGUAGAUUCAUGUGGUAGCUGACUUUGUAGAUAACCUAAAACAACAUUUUUUUUUCAAAUAUCUGUUACUAGAAUACUAGUAAAAGGGGAUUAUCAUCCUAGCUUUGCUGUCUGUGGUCUCAGACGUGUCAGCAGCCCACGAUAGACCUGUUUCCUCACCUGCAAAACAAGCAGCUUGGCCUUGCAGGCCUUGGCCUCUCGGAUUCUGUGCACUGUAAGGAGUGGGAAGGAGACCACGAUGACCCACAGUUAAUAAGGACUCUGGUUAGUUGGACUUUUUAAAUAUUGGGGCAUUGAUUUUUCUCAUUUCUGAAACAACAGAAUUUAAUUGAGAAAAAAAUAAUGCUGUAGGCUUCAGUGGAG